AUGGAUGCAGCUUUGGACCCCAAGGAUGUCUUCCCUGCUCCGUCCCCGCUGACAGGCAAUCGUGGUCUCAGGCCAGAGAAGGUUCAGAAGCGAAGUCCGUCUGACCCCAGUGAGCUCGACUCGUCUGAGUCCUCGACACCGAGGAAGAUCAUAGACGUGGCCUGUUGGCCUUGUCGGAGACGCAAGGCGAAGUGUAGCGGCGAACGACCAGCUUGCGCGGCCUGCGUACGGCGAGAUGUCGAUUGCUCCUACGAACAUGAAGAAGGAAUGACCCGACAAGGCUCGCUCAAACUCAAGCUCGACACAGUUACUUCUCGCGCUGAGAACCUCGAAUACCUCUUCGAGCAGCUGCGGUCGCGCUCAGACAAUGAGGCCGCGCUGCUCCUGGCGGUGAUACGACUGGGAGCCGACGUGGACCAGCUGGUGGAGCGAUUGAAGGCGGAGACGGAUCUGGCUUGGUUGACGUCCUUUAGCGGUCAGCGCAGGUUGAAGGACUCGCAGUCGCAGACGGUGGGGCAUGAAGGAGGUCAGAGCGCGUCCCAGGUGAAGGCCUGGGAUGUGAAAGUCCAGCUCUCCCUACGCGAUACGUAA